AGCAUUAUUAAGCAUCUACGAAAAGAGUUUUCAUAUUACUUGCUAAAGCUACUACAUACACUUUUCCUCACGUUUGUGUUUCAGCAACAUAAAUUGAAGAUAAUGUCUUUGAAGAACCGUGGCGUUGGUCAUAGGGCGUGGAACCUUCUUCGGGUCUCAUUGCUGUGGGCACGUAAAGGAGGAGUGUUGAGGCGCAGGGUGGCGAUGGAGCUGCGUCUGGUACCAAAGUACUUGAAGCGCCUUGGACACACAACGCAACCCACCCACAUUCACUACUUUGAGCGCGAGCUCUCAUUCGACAAGACCCCCAUUUUCCAUGUAAAGAUGUAUCGUCCAUCCUCCAUGCGCUUCCACUUGCCUCACAUUCCCUGUAUAAACCCACAUGUUGAUUUUGACUAUGAUUUUAACGAUGAUAACGACGACAAUGUUGAAUAUGGGUAUGAUAACGGAAGAAAGAGUGCCCUCAUAGACCAAGAAUUUAAUCAUGGUUAUGAAGGAUGGCAAGAAACGGCUUAUGGUGGUGAAGAAGAAGAAGCAGAUGCACAAGGGAUAGAUGAGCGAGCCGAGGAGUUCAUUGCUAAAUUCCAUCAGCAAAUGAAACUACAGCGCCAGAUUUCUCUUUUGCAAUACAAUGAAACACACAACAGAGACAGAAGGUGUUGAGCAUGGUUACAAUAUUUGCAGCGCGGCUUCAUUAAUUUUUUUUAGUUUUUUAAUUUUGUUUGUUUUCUGCAAUCAACUUCAUUUUUUCUUCUCUUUCUGUGGAGUUUUGAUGCAAUGGUCACUGGUAGAACCCCUUUAAUUCAUGAGAUGUCGUGAGAGAGAGAUCAAUAUAUACUGCGGGACUGUAAAUACCGGAAGCUAUCCUUGAGUUCUUGUAUUUACAUUUUUUUUCUAGAUAUAUUUUCAAUAAAUACUACAGGCCUACUACACAUUGUUGAAAUAAAAAGAAUGUGCUGUUACUACAGUCAAUACAUGUUUACUAAGUUGAAAGAGUUAUUAUGGAGUUUAUUUGAACUUAUAAAUUGAGUUAUAUUUAAUAAGUUCUUUUUAAAUUAUUAUUAAAAAAGUCGGAAAAAUUAUCA